AUGGAAGACAACACUGAAGACUCACACACGGUCGGCGUUGACAAUGUCCUAGUGGCACCUAGUACCCGCGUUGCGCCGGAGAUCCUGAGGCUCGUCUUUAUAGCUGUAUAUCUCAGUAUCGACCGGGGCCACAAGGAAUUCGUUGACUGCAUCGCCUCUGUAUGUUGGCGGUGGAGGACCAUUGCACUCGAGACUUCUUCGCUAUGGACUCGGCUUGUGAUGGACAGCGGCGUCAUAUCCAAGUGUCAUCUCAAUAACUGGCUCUCCCGCUCUCGCCGUCGCAUGCUUGAUCUCCGAUUCUACUCGGUUUCACCGAAGACUCUACCAAGUGCAAUCCAAACCGCAAUGCACGUGCUCGCCCCUCACACCGACCGCUGGGGAACUAUGCGUCUCUCCCUGCGAGAUUAUUCUGAGAUGAAGGAUGCCCUAUCUGGUUGGCCAUCAAGCUUACUGGCCUUGGAGGAUUUGAGCUUGAGUGUGGCCCACUAUAUGACUUUCGGAGAGUACGAUCUGAAAGUGACUGCCCAAAGACUCCGCCGCUUGGUCCUCCUCAAUUUUCCCUGCCUUCCAUCUGGUUUUCCGUUCCACCAGCAUUUUCCAGCAUUGACGAGGGUCCAUCUGGGAGGAUUAACUUUAUAUCGAUUAUUGGGCUGGGAUCGUCCGCAGCCAUUGGCCUUACUGAAUGCCCUAGCUCCCCUGCCUCAUUUGGAACACCUCUGCAUCAUCGAUCCGGGAAUACGCAUCGCCUGGAGUGUCUAUAGCAUCCUACCACAUUCCGAUCGAGCGAUCCUAUCGGCACUGAAAAAGAUCCACUUUCAAGCUGUGCAUCUCGACUGUAUUGUUGCAUUCAUGAACACGAUGGAGGCUCCGAAACUGUCGUCCAUUUUGUGCACUGGUCCCUAUAUGUAUUGUGAUAUGUUUGACAGUGUCGGCUCUGUCGAGCGCGACCACCACCGCCACUUCCCUCAACUUCAGAGGUUCAGGGUGUGUUGCGACAACAGUUGGGUGAUGAAUGACCCACACUUGUUGGACUUUAUUGAUGACUUCAGGUUCAAAUGGGUGGACUUCAUGAAUUUUCGUGAUAAGAUCUCCAAGCUCAUCAAACUCGCUGGCGACUGGGAGGAUGGGGCGCCGAUGAAGUCUUCUCGCCUGAUUAGUGUGGAGAUACACCUUCAACACCUCUCUGUUCCUGUCGUUGAGCUCCGCCAGCUUGUUGUUGGGCGCCAUCAUUCGAAGGGCUCUAACUCUUCCCCAUCCCAGCCGGAGAUGGAGGUGGGCAGCCAACAGCCUUCCGCCCUCGAGGAACUCCGUAUCUGCACUUCUGAGCCCAUCGCAGAGACAGAUCGCGCUUGGUUCACAGGGAAACCGGAUCUGAAGCAUUUCUCGUGGUCUGAUUCUCGUGCAUGUUUAGAGGAGAGGAAGUCUGUUGACGAACGUCGACAUCUGGGUGGCCGUCUAAGGAUGACAUUCGCGCCAAAGUGA